AUGAAAGACUCUCCCUCAAAGGAGAUUUACAUACCAACCUCAGCAGACACCCCUUUCCCGCGACUAGAGUAUUUGAGGAUACAUGAGGUCUACGAGGACCUCCUGAUCAAGCACAUCACCAGUACAUGGAAAAUGCGGGUGCUGCGUGUGUUGUCCAUAACCGGUUCGUCGCCUCUGCAGUGGACACGAAUACUAGAAGAAUCCAAGGAUACAUUACAGGUCGUGGAGCUCAUAAUACCCUUUAAACCCCACGAACGGCCCACCCCUAUCAAAUUGCCACACUUGACCUCGCUCUUUAUGGGACUCUCAACCAGAGACGACCCCAAAGCCAGUGCUGCUAUAUGGACAGACGUUAUUGAAGCUCCCGGCCUGAAAACCCUAGGCUGGUCGCGAAUUUUACAGAACCACACCAAUUUCUGGACCUUUGUCGAACGAGCCAUCACUCGUUAUCCCAAAGUUUCGACAAUCCGCCUUGUCGGCCAUACCCCGACUGGUCUCAAUACGCAGUUUGCGCAGAGUCGAUUGGCGGGUGUAUGGCUGAGGAGCGGUCUGCUCAUCGAGGCUUACCGGUCGCUCUUUUUCAAGCAAUACAGAGUUGACGACGAACAUCAUAUAGUGGAGGCUUAG